AUGAAGCUUCCAACUCACAAAAAAAUUGAUCCGGCAAUGAGGGAAUAUAUGCAUUUCUUGCACAACCUCGACCCUGCAAGAUUUACCAUUCGGAGAAUAGGAGAACGAUACGGCUUCAAGGACAGUACAGUGGUCAAAGUAGUCAAAGAAUUUAGUCUAAUAAAAUUUAUAAAGUACAAUCGCCUGUGUAAAUUGGAGGAUAAACGCAUAUCCCUUGCGGAAUCUGUAUUGCAAGCAAAAGAAGCCUCUUACAGUGCUACAAAGGGAUACAUUCACGUCGGAAAUGAAGUAGAGGAUGAGGAACAUGAUUUCAAGGGAGACAAGGAUAGCGUUGACUGGGUAUAUAGGCAAUCUAUACAAGUGGAAUCCCUCUCUGCAUUUCCACUAGCUUCAACCAGGGACCCUAUGCCUAAACGGGUCGAUGUAGAUAUGACUGUAAGUAACACGAAAAAUGUAAAGGUUAUAAAUUGGAUUGAUCCAACAGAUAAGGUGGUGUUUUGA